GGGGGAUGGGGACGGGAAAAACGCUGCGCGUGUUGGUCCGCAACAAGUUCGUCGCCGCGAGGAUGGUUGCGCCCGAACACACCACGGGCCGGCACAUCCUACCGGGGCUGGACUUUGAGAUGUGCGCGCACAGCCGCUGCCUGCUUCCAGAUAUCCACGUCACCGCGCCCAUGGCGUACCUCGAAGGGUUCACAGAGGCAGGUCCGCUGGACGUGGUUCUCAGCCCUGUGGGGCGGGAGCCCGUGGACGCCGUCUCGGCGUCGUGUUACUACUGUCCAAUGGAUUUCAGGGUCACGGUCACAAGGGCGAGAGACAGGAUACAUCGCAAAGUGGUUGUGGUGCUGUGGAGGGACCUUGGGCCCCUUGGGGCUCCGCUGCCGCUGAUUCAGACUUUGCAUGCAGUGCAGUGGCCAACGCCCAUGUAUGCUGGCUUUCGGCAGCGCGAUUAUGGAAAUCUCUUUGGGCCGCCAGGGAGUAUCAGGAUGAUGUACGAGUCGGCAGAGUUUGAGGAGGUCCAUCCUUGGCGGUCACUACGGACUUGGGACCGCUCCAGGCGAAACGGUGACUAGCAAUCCUUGAGAACAGGAAUGCUUCAUUUGCUUCAAAGCGUGAAGUCGGUAGUCUCCUGCGUGUCCAUCGUAGGCGUGUGGA